ACGGCUCGGUCUAGUCACAACCACCCGUCGACCGCACAAAAGCCCUGCAGCGUGCCCCCUCUUGGCCGGAGGCCCUUCCCGACUGUUCCCUCGCCGUUGUCCAUCCCCGCGACUCCAAUUGGGCUACCGGUGCCUCAUCAUGUCGUCCUCGCUGCCCGGCUCGCGCGAGCUCCCUGCCUCGCAGUAUGACCUCAACACCUACAUGGGACGGGUGCGCCAUGCGAUGGGCCUCACCGACCCGACGACCCUCCUUGCUGGCUCGUCAGGCCUCGAGGCAGCCAAGCGGCUGGUCACGGAAUUCAAGACCGGCAAGCUCGAGCGCAUGACUCCCGAGCUCUGGCAUGCCAAGAAGGUCGUGGAUUCCACGCUGCACCCGGAUACUGGCGAACCGGUCUUCUUGCCUUUCCGAAUGUCCUGCUAUGUCCUGACCAACCUGAUUGUCACGGCCGGCAUGCUCCAGCCCGGCCUCCAGACCGUGGGCAUCGUCGGCUGGCAGGUGGCCAACCAGUCCCUCAACGUCGCCAUAAACAGCGCCAACGCCAACAAGUCGUCCCCGAUGACGACCGCCGCCAUGAUCAAGUCCUACUGCUUCGCCGUCGGCGCAUCCUGCUCGGUGGCCCUUGGCCUCAACUCGAUCGUCCCCCGUCUGAAAGUCGCACCGGCUACCCGUGCCAUCCUCGGCCGACUGAUUCCCUUUGCCGCCGUCGCCUCGGCGGGUGGCCUCAACACAUAUCUGAUGCGCCGGGACGAAAUCACCAAGGGCAUCGACGUCCGACCCGUGCUCACCGAGGAGGACAAGGCGAAGCUCCUGGCCGAGGGCAAGUCGGAGCGCGAUGUGCCGUCGUUGGGCCAUAGUCACACUGCCGCCAAGAUUGCCGUAUAUGAGACUGCCGCCAGCCGUGUGCUGACUGGUAGCCCCAUCAUGGUCAUCCCGCCCAUGGUGCUGUACCACAUCGAACAGAAGCAGGCCUGGUACCGAAACCUGAUGCAGAAGGAGUGGGUGCGCGCGCGGCCCACGCUGGUCAAGGCGAUCCCCCUGUCUAUCAACCUGGGUUUGAUUGCCGUGACGUCCUUUGCCGUCCUGCCCUUUGCUUUGGCCAUCUUCCCUCAGCAGCAGGCGAUCAGCGCCAAACGACUCGAGCCCGAGUUCCACGGAAAGGGUGGCAAGGACGGCAAGGUUGUCUUCAACCGCGGCCUGUAAGGCGUAAGGCACGGGACGUUGGUCUCAGGUAUCCUCACCGCCUACGCCAACUGACGUCUAGGAGGGGAUGGAUGGACUGAUCUACCAUGUGUGGACUGUUUCACAGCAAAUGUUGAUUCAGAGAGCAACAUGGCGGCCUGGAAUGGAACGUUUACUCAUCUUGCCUGGGAGAAGCAGUAUUUGACGAAGAUACCAAUGGGGAUCUAGGAGAUGCAAAGGGAGCCCCGAUUGCUAUUUCAUUUCGAAAGCGGGUUUGACGGAUUCACGAAGGCGUUCAAGGAUCAGACACCGAUCUUUAUAUGCGUUCUAGAUAAUCUUCAAGUGAGUGCUAGAGGGACAGGCAGACAAUCAUAGCAUGGGGGAUCUGGGAUAGAGAGAGGGAUGGCAUUUCGUUCCUAGAAUUGGAUAGAAGUAGAACAUCAUUCAGCAUCUCACUUGUCGUUCCGAUUGUAGACCUUCCG